CACGCUUGAUUUUUUCACUCUUCUAUACUUCCCAUCAAGCGCAAAGAACAUGGGUCAUCGCGCAAAAAACAAGCAACCAGCUCCGCAACCUUUAGACGUCAAACAAUCCGCUAUAUCUUCUAAAAAACUUGGCAAACGGAAAGCCGAAUCUCUAAACGAUAACUCCAAUUCCCGACCCGUAAAGAGGCCCAAAGACCAGUCUGAAAGCAAACAGAAGGGCAAGAAGAAAAAGAAGGUACUGGUUAAUUCUGAUGCUGAAGGCUCGGCAGAUGGCUGGGAGGAUGUAGCCGACAAUGUUGAACUUAAAAUUCACGCGAAGUCAUUAUUUAGCACCAAUGAUGAUGAAGAGUUGGAUGAACUGGGUAUGGAUGAGUUCAGCGAUGAUGAACUUCGUGGUCCCGCACAAGCGUUCGAUUUUGGUUCGGAUGCAGAAGAUGAUGAACCCGAAGUCAUCAUUGGCAAAUCUAAAAAGUCCAAACAGAGUGAACGUCCCGCAAAAAUAAUACCUACCGCUUCAGAUAAUUCAGAUUCUUCCGAUCAAUCUGAUGAGGAGGAGCGGAUCACCAUGGCCAAUAUGGCUGCUCGUUCAAAAGCUCUAGAUGAACAAGCGGCGGCGGAAGAUGCUCUCGAUGUCGAAGAGAUGCAGCAAGCUGCCUUUAACGAGGAAGAUGACGACGACGAUCUUGACAUGGAUGAAGACGAGGAAGAGACUGAUGGGGAACCCUUUCGUUUACCUACCCGCGAGGAGAAUGAAGCAGAGAGCAAGGCAGGUGGUCCUGACGUGCAUGUCGUGCAGAGACGGAUGAGAGAAUGUGUGCGUGUGCUGGGAAGAUUCAAAAAACUAGCUGAGAAGAGUCGUUCACGGUCGGAAUACAUCAGCCAGCUUCUCUCGGAUAUCUCCAGCUAUUAUGGCUACAACGACUUCCUUGCCGAAAAGUUAUUCCAACUUUUCCCUGUCGCUGAGGCUAUUGAAUUUUUCGAAGCAAACGAAGUUCCUCGUCCAGUCACUAUUCGUACCAACACUCUUCGCACAAGAAGGCGGGACCUUGCUCAAGCCCUUAUAAACCGUGGGGUAAAUCUAGAACCCAUUGGAAAAUGGACCAAUGUUGGUCUUCAAGUAUUUGAGAGUAGUGUUCCAAUUGGUGCUACGCCUGAGUAUCUGGCAGGCCAUUAUAUGCUGCAAGCUGCCUCUUCAUUUCUACCUGUAAUCGCACUUUCUCCACAACCGAACGAACGUGUACUCGACAUGGCAUCUGCGCCAGGAGGUAAAACUACACAUAUUGCUGCCCUGUUGCAAAAUACGGGAAUAGUUUUCGCGAACGACGCAAACAAGGCACGUACGAAAAGUUUAAGUGCGAACGUUCACCGCCUGGGAUGCAAAAACGUCGUGGUAUGCUCGUACGAUGGACGCGAAUUUCCCAAGGUCAUCGGCGGCUUUGAUAGGGUUUUGCUCGACGCCCCAUGUAGUGGUACUGGUGUUAUCAGUAAAGACUCAAGUGUCAAAGUCAACAAGUCUGAGCGUGAUUUCACGCUCCUUGCUCAUCUCCAAAAACAACUUAUCCUAUGUGCCAUUGACAGCGUUUCUCCCGAUUCGAAAACAGGUGGGUAUGUCGUCUACUCGACAUGUUCCGUGACAGUAGAUGAAAACGAGUCCGUCGUCGACUAUGCUCUUCGCAAACGACCCAACGUCAAACUCGUGGAUACUGGACUAGAGUUUGGUCGAGAAGGGUACACGAAGUACCGAGGCAAAAUUUUCAACUCAAGUUUGUCUCUUACAAGACGCUUCUAUCCCCAUGUACACAACAUGGACGGCUUUUACGUUGCUAAAUUCAAAGUCGAGAAGAGGGGUAAAAUUUCAAAAGCUUCAGACUCCACUGCUGAAGUCGGAUUAAUUGGUAUCGAAGAAGAGGGCGAACAAAUUGCGCCAGAGAAAGAAAAGAUUGCGUUUGAUGAUGAUGAAGAUCGACCAUAUAUCGAGGGUAUGCCGUCCCUGCACUCGUGAUUCUGUUUUAUUGACUGUUUUCACCUGAAUCAUGACCUACCAGAAUCCAAACGUCGGCGCAUGAAAGCUAAAGGAUUGAAACCUCCACCGCGGACGACAGUAAAGGUUGCAGCCUGAUCAGGACUUAGGGACUGAGGUCGUUACACCCAUAUCGAUAUUUACAUCAAGAAGGAAGAAGCCGUGCAAUUUUUUUAGCGCUUUGUCGAACUGAAAAGUCCGAGCCUACUUCAACACGUUCCGUGGGCUUCCGUGGGGUGUGAUCCAGGUGUGAUCCACCACCAUGUACCCGGGGUACAUACUUUAGUGGGCUAUUAGUAUUUACAUCUUGUAUCUAUGUAUCUGAAUCUCAUGAGUCUAAACGCUUGAUCGACAAAUUCAUAAUGCCCCAGUUCUGCCCCAGGACACAGGUUUGAACCGCGUUGACGUAGGUUGACGUUUGA